AUGGGGGGCCUGCUGGAGGGCCAGUCCAACACCUUCAAACGCCUUUGCCAGCAAGGCCUGUCCGAGUUCCGGGCGUGGCCGGGACAGCAUGUGAUGACAUUGCCCCGAGGUUGCAAGGCGGCCUUCAGCUUCAAAGACCACAAGCUCAUUUGCCACCUCGAUGGGAGCGACGGAGCGCUGCAGAAGCGAGUCCAAGAGGUUCAGAAGGAGAAGGAGCGGGAGGCCAUGGAAGCAGCCGCUGAAAUGCAGCCGCUGUUAGGCCUCCUUCCGGAUCCUGUCCAGGAGUUGGUCCGGAAGCACAUGGAGGAGGUUGGAAGCAACCCUAUUGAGCUUGUGAUGAGCGUGGGCCGCCGCCUGGAAUUCCGGUGGAAGAUGUUGGGUGAGCGGAGGUUGCGAAGCGACUUUCUUGGACCAGAGUUCACCAAAGAGACUGUACAGCUUGCGGUGCAGCGCAUCGGCAAGAAAAACUUCACCAUACAGGACCGCGCCGGCAUCGAUGGGACAUUGCAUCGGAUCUCCGCUGCCCGCAACCAGUCCGGUGAAGUUGUCACGCUGGUCAUGCGAGUUGGUCGAGCCUCUGCGAUAAUUGCUGGACUCCUGGAGGAUAUCCUGCUUGAUUCCAAGUCCAUCCUCAUGUUGGGACCUCCUGGAGUGCGGGCCUGA